AUGUCAACAACAGAGAACACAACAACUGCUAUCGUUCAUGAAGCCAUAAAUGAAGAAUAUGAGUGGGUUCAGUAUAACAAACAACUCCGUCUCAUUCGUUCGGUCAAAGACGAUAUGUACCAGAUGCAAAGUAUUUUGACAGCAUGUUUUGCUCCAGAUACCAAACAUACAGACGAUUGGUUCAAAAACCAAAGCACACAAGAACUUUUGAGCGAAGCACAGCGAGACCGACUUUUUUCGGGGUCGCCUAAAACUCAUGAAAAUCGUAAAAAUUUGCCAAAUGGUUUGAGAGGUUGGUAUGUACAUAGACUUCUUGUAAAUGCUGUUGCAAUGUGGGCUUCGCCUCGUUAUGCUUGGUAUAUUUACAGACUUCUUGACGAAAUUCAUAGACAAGAACGUGAAGAGAUGGAAAAGAAACUUCAAGCAAAAGAUGAAGUCAUUGAAGCAAAAGACAAAAGCAUUCAGAAAAGAAUACCACGUUCGGUACCAAAAGGAAAGGAAAAGAACUAUAAGUAG